AUGCGCCCAGCCUUCUUCCUCUGUCUUCUGCUUCUGGCUGUCGUCGUUUCAGGCCAAAAACGGCGCUGGUGCCACUCGUCGCGUGACUGCCUAGAGGGAUUCGACUGCUUCCGGAAUAAGUGCUCUGAUUGGGAUAUCGGAAAGCGCCAUCGCGGUCAGCCGGAAUGCAAAAAUGAGGAAGACUGCGAGAGCGGCCAACACUGUUGGCAUGGAAAAUGCCAGUGG